AUGGCUGCGGCGAUGGGGAGGGCGCGGGCGGCAAGCCUGGCUGCGGCGGUGAGGGUGGCGGCGGCGACGGCGCGGCCGGCGUCGAGCGUGGCCGCGGCGGCCGGGGUGGGGUUCGCGGGCCUGGUCGUGCAGGGGGAGGACACGCCGUUCGGGUCGGUGUGGUGGUGGGCGUACGCGGGGAUAUCGUGCUUUCUGGUGCUCUUCGCCGGGAUCAUGUCGGGGCUCACCCUCGGCCUCAUGUCGCUCGGCCUCGUCGAGCUGGAGAUCCUCCAGCGCAGCGGCACCGAUGCGGAGAAGGCUCAGGCUGCUGCCAUCCUCCCAGUUGUUCAAAAGCAGCACCAGCUUCUUGUCACCCUGCUCUUGUGCAAUGCUGUUGCCAUGGAGGCUCUUCCUAUAUUCCUUGACAGGAUCUUUCAUCCUGUUGUUGCUGUUAUCUUAUCAGUAACAUUUGUGCUUGCUUUUGGAGAGGUUAUACCACAAGCAAUCUGUACCAGGUAUGGGUUGGCGGUGGGUGCUAACUUUGUAUGGCUUGUACGCAUCCUCAUGAUCAUCUGCUAUCCUAUUUCUUAUCCCAUUGGGAAGCUCCUAGAUUGUGCUCUUGGGCAUAAUGAAUCUGCACUCUUUAGGCGAGCUCAAUUGAAAGCUCUUGUCUCUAUACAUAGCAAAGAGGCUGGCAAGGGUGGAGAGCUUACCCAUGAUGAGACUACAAUCAUAAGUGGAGCAUUGGACUUGACUGAAAAGACUGCAGAGGAGGCUAUGACACCUAUCGAGUCAACUUUCUCAUUAGAUGUGGACUCCAAGUUGGAUUGGGAAGCAAUUGGCAAAAUUCUUGCUCGGGGCCACAGCCGUGUGCCUGUGUACUCUGGAGGCCCUAGGAAUAUUAUUGGCCUCCUGCUGGUGAAAAGUCUUCUGACAGUUCGUGCUGAAACAGAGACACCAGUUAGUGCUGUUUCCAUAAGAAGGAUUCCAAGGGUUCCUGCAGACAUGCCUUUAUAUGACAUACUGAAUGAGUUUCAGAAAGGGAGUAGUCAUAUGGCUGCUGUUGUGAAGGCUAAGCCCAAGAAUGUUCCACUACCUGACAAAACUGAAACAAACAGGGAAGUAGCUGGGGAACCACAGCUGACUGCUCCCUUACUAUCCAAUACUGAUGAAAGGGCAGAAAAUGUGGUUGUUGAUAUUGAAAAACCACAGAGCAGGCAGGUUAAUGGAAACAAACCCCAUUCAAUACAGCAUUAUGAUACACCACAUACAAUGUCUCGUUCAUCAGAGGAUAUAGAUGAUGGUGAGGUUGUUGGUAUCAUCACACUGGAAGAUGUGUUUGAAGAACUAUUGCAGGAGGAGAUAGUGGAUGAAACUGAUGAGUAUGUUGAUGUUCAUAAGAGGAUCCGAGUCGCUGCUGCUGCUGCUGCAUCUUCAGUUGCCAGGGCUCCAUCAGUUCGGAGAUUAACGGGACAAAAAGCUGCAGGUGCGCAGAACAGGCCAGGACAGCCUACUGGAAUUUUGAAGAAACCUGGUGAAGGUGAUUCGAGCCCAUCAAAACACCAGGUGAACCUUGUUGAACCUCUUUUGGGAAAUAAGAGGUAAUUUAGGUGUAUGCUUGAAUAUAGCGAUGGAACGCACAGAAACAAACUGGAAACGUUUGGCUAACAGUAAAUAUGAGGGAACCGUAGCGGAAUUUUGUGUUUAUGAAUGAUGGAAGUAGAUUAACUUCGGAUCUUUUGAACCACAACAGGCUACAGUAGGAACUUACUACUGGAACGCGUAA